UAUGACAUUUACAAGUAUUUAUCAUAAAUAUCGUGUGAAAAACCGUGUUAUUCGCUGUUGAUCUAGUGCUUAUUAUUGUCGCUUAAAUUAUGAGUAGAAAGUGAUACAGUAAAAUGAAACCCACGACGAGGAAUAAGGGCCAAGUGUACAGUGUGGGGAACUACCUGAUGACGGGGAAGGUGCUUGGGAAAGGGCACUUCGCGAGGGUCGAAGAAGCCACCCAUAGGAUUAUUGGGAAGAAGGUGGCCAUCAAAAUAAUCGACCUGACUUGCAUAAAAGAAGAGUACGCCCGUCGCAACUUACAUCGGGAACCACGAGUGAUGUCCAAACUGAGGCAUCCUUGCAUCGCAGCACUGUACGAGACCAUGAUGCACGGCCCACGACUCUACGUAGUAAUGGAAGCAGCCGGGGGCGGGGACCUAUGCGCGCACGUGCUGGCCUCGCGGGGCCCACAGCGGGGCCUGCCGGAGGCCCGCGCGAAGGCCCUCGCCGCACAACUGGUCUCUGCUGUCCGGCACAUGCACUCUCAAGGCGUGGUGCACCGAGACUUGAAGAUGGAAAAUAUCAUGUUAGACUCAACAAAGCAGUUCAUCAAAAUUGUGGACUUCGGCCUAAGUAACGUGUGGAGUAACGGCGGCGCGCUGCGGACCCCGUGCGGUUCGCUGGAAUACGCUGCGCCGGAGUUGUUCGUGGACGGUCGCCGCUACGGGCCCGAGGUGGAUUUAUGGAGCAUAGGUGUCAUAGUCUACGGGAUGGUGACAGGCGGCCUGCCGUUCACGGGUGCAGACACUGGCGAGGGUCGUUCCCGGCCGCAGCUCCGAGCCGCCAUCGCACGAGGGUUCGCCAGGAAACAGCGGGUCGCACUGGCUUGUGUCAGCGGAGAUUGCAAGACGUUCAUCCAGCAACUUCUUGAACCAAAUGUGGCUACUCGCAUGAAAAUAGAAGAGGCGGCGCGCCACCGCUGGAUCAAGCGGCCCGGCAUGAGAAUGCGCGCGCAUCCGCUCGGCUCCGUCGAGCCUAAAGUCAACAGAGAGCUGUACAAACAAAUAUCAGAGCUCUGCGGACAACCAAUAAUCGACGUAGUCGCACAAAUCAAGGCAGAGCCCUUCGGCGCGAUCGCCGGCAUAUACAACAUAAAGACCCACCUCCAGCAACUCCAGAGCGUUCCCGCCACAGACCUACUCUGGACUUCGACCUUACACGAACCUAGGCCUUACAGCCCGCCAGAAUACAAGAACCUGUUCGACCAAGACAGACAAGAAGCCUCCUGCAGCCAAACACCGACUCCACCACCUGGAGCGUUAGCCAAACCGAACGUCAUCCCUAAGAAACCCACGCCGCCACGAGAAGUCAUAAAAGCCGUCAACACAAUACCAAAGAUCGUAGUCUCACAGGCUAAAGAACCUCCUAAAAAGCCGGAGCUAAAACCGGACCUGAACCAAAUACGAAACCAGCUCAACCCACUUUUCACUUCUAUGAACCGACCUGUGACCGGUCUGUAUGGCGUUAAGAAGGCUAUUUUUCGCGUGUACGACAACGGAGAUUGUGGGCUCGAUCCCCGGUUGCCGAGUAUCAAUGAGCAUUCCAAUACGGACCUGAAUAGGGACAGACAGGCGAAGACUAGCACGGUUGUGAGGACGCAAUGUAAGAAGAUCAGCCUGGAGAACGACAGGCCGCUGCGGUUGAGUAGUUGCCCCAAUAAGAUGGAUACGAAACGGUUGGAGUUUUAUAGGAGAGCUGGCGAUGGAUUGCCAAGUUGGCGAGCCACGGGAGGGUUGGCGACGCCGCCUGCUCGCAUUUUGCUACAGAAUAACGCCACCACGAUCAAACGAGCAUCUUUGGGAAAUAUCGUGAGUCCGCAUUCAUCCUCAAACAGCCAUUGUAAGAGCGAACGGGCAAUGCCAGUGGGCUGGUACAGCCAGCGCGCUAACGCCAGUAAGGACACGCCACACCUCCAGCGGUUCCGCCGCACCGCCCCGAUGAAAUGAUCUGGAGACCCCCUUAUCAUAAAUGUAAUUUUAAGCGAAUAAAUCGUUUCUGUUGUACAGGACUUGGACAACGAAUGUUUUGGACUGAUUUAAGUUUUGUAGUAAUUUAUUAGUGAUAUAUUAUUUUAGUUAGAUAAAUAAUAGAGUGGUAUAUUGCGUUCGAUUGUCGUUAUUUAUUCGAAAUUUAUUACAUUAAAGUAUUAAUAUUUUUACAAAUAUACAUGAACAUUGAUUUCUACAAUGCCUUAAGUCUCAAGUGAUUAAAUUAUUUCUUAUACAUACGAACCUACAUAAUAUCCAUACUAAAUA